GGGACAGACCUUCUGGUUUGUUCCUCAUGCUUCAAAUAUUUUGUCUUCCUAAACUUAUUACAUUUACACAACAAAUACUCGAGUUAUGAAGAACUGAAACAUGUGGCUACAUCAUUUUUAACCCAGUGUUAUACUUCUCACAGCGCUUUUCCCCACAAACUGCGUGGCACUGUUCUUUCUUCCGCUCUCUUUAGUGUCUCUUUACCUCCCUUCUCAUUUCUCCUCCUCUGGUGCUGUACAGAAGAGAACAGCUGCUUGCAAAUCUACAUUAACCUACUUUACUGAGAGAGGAACCAGCACACACAGGCUUCUCUAACCCAACUCAACUCUCCUAAUUGGAGCAGAAAUGUUUAGGCCAAAAAACGUUAUUUGGAUUGUUUUUGCUUUUUGUGUAACCACUGGAAGUUGUGAAGAUUUUUAUAAAAAAACUGGUGAAGAGGUAAAAAUGAAUUGUCCUGUGACUACGAAACCUGUCCAGAUUGAAUGGAAGUUCAACAACAGCAUGCUGCUAAGCCACAACACGAGAUCAGGAAGUAUGCGCAAAGGUAAUUUUGACGUUGCUUUGAGGGCACGGCCUGAAGGAACCGCGUUGAAAAUCAGCUCACUGAAGAACAGUGAUGUGGGAAUCUACACUUGCAAUGAUUUCACACCAGGCCACACACUGUAUGUGGCAUCAGCCCAGGCAAACCCUCCUACAGUGCUGUACUCCAGUGAAACACACUUGACGUGUGAUGUUGGUAAAGACUUUACAAAAGGAACAUAUCAGUGGUUAACACCAAAUUCUGCAGAGUAUUCUAAAAGUAAGGCUGUGACUGUGAAACCUGUGACCUCUGACCAUAGUGGAUCCUGGACCUGCCAGAUCAAAGAUGAAACAGGGAACGUAGUGCUAAGUCUAAAGGUGGACCUCAGUGUUGUUGGUCCUCUGAACACCCAAAAUGAAGUUAUGACUGUUAUGGGGCACACUGCUGUGCUCCCCUGUUUUCUAUCCACCCCAAGCAAAAUACGUAUAACAGGGGGCUCGUGGACGCGUGACACCUCUACAAAAAUUCGCCUCCCUACAUUAAUGAGUAAUCAGGGCGGUCUCCAGUGGAAUAACACGGGCGUCACUAUUGAUAAAAGAGUCUCUUUCAGUAAGGAGAAGCUGAAUUCAGACUUUAAUGUGACACUGAAAGAGGUGAAGCCUGCUGAUGCCGGAGAGUAUACGUGCAGGCUGGAGUUUCAGGGUGGAUCAUCACUGACUGCUAAGUUGAAUUUGACCGUGUUAAACAAAGAUGGUGCUGCUUCUAGUAUUGAUUAUGAAGAACCUAAUUAUUCCAAUAAGAUCCCAUGGAAAAAACAUUUGGGGGGUUUGCAGUUGUGGGUCUGGGUUGCCGUGGCAGCGUCUUCCUUGGUCCUGAUUGGCCUUGUUGUCAUCAUUGUUCUAAUUCACCGCAGAAACAAACGGAUGAAGAGGAAGAUAAAAAAAACGAAGUCUAUGCAGCAGCCUCUCACAUCCAGGAAUUACUGCAAGUGUGGCAGGACUGUGAGGCAGCCUGGCACAGGUAGAAAAGAGCGGCCUCCUCCUCUUCCCAGGCAUCAGUACAGCACUUUAAAUAAUUAAUAUAUCAAAGAGUGGCAGACAAGAGAUAAACCAAUUUUCAAAAACCACUUGAGAAAAUUUUCAUCACCUGUUUAUUUUCAUUCUUAUCUUAUCAUCUUGUUAAUAUUUUUUAAUAAUAUGAAAACAUUUUAUUUACCAAACCAUAAGCCCAUCCUUUGCUUGUGUCUUUCUUUCAAAUAUAGUUUGUAAAUAAUAUCCUUUCAUGAAA